AUGGAAGUUGAGAUAAUCUCCAAGGAGAAAGUCAAGCCAUCAUCUCCAACACCAUAUCACCGAAGAUACUUCAAGCUCUCAUUCUUAGACCAAUUUGCACCGCCCUUUUAUACAUCGACUAUUUUUUUCUACCAUUCUAAUUAUCCAGGCCAGAAGUACUUCAAUCCGUUAGAAAGAUCUUCUUGGCUCAAAAAGUCUCUAGCUGAAACCUUAACUCGCUUUUAUCCCUUGGCUGGAAAACUUAACUUUGAAGAUGUCUCCGUUGAUUGUAACGAUGAGGGCGUCAACUAUAUUCAAGCACGAGUCGCAUGCAAGCUAUCGCAAGUGGUAGAUAAAGCUGAUGGGAAGGCAUUGCUCCCAUUGCUCCCAUUUGACGCCCACAAGGAUUGCACAGGGCCCGGAGAGACAGUUCUCCUAGCAAUCCAAUACAGUAUCUUUGAAUGCGGUGGAGUUGCAAUCGGCGUGAUCGAUUCACACAAGAUCGCCGACGGAACAUCACUUGCUACACUGAUUAAUGCAUGGGCCAGCACGUCCCGAGGAGCUAGUCAUGAAGUUACAAAUCCCAGUUUUGAUGCAAGCAUCCAUUUUCCUCGGACAGUUUUGCCGGAGUGGUUCAGUAUGGUGCCACCGAUGGAAAAAGAAAGGUUGUCGUCCAAAAGAUUUGUAUUCAAAAAAUCCAGCAUUGAUGCUCUAAGAAAAGAAGCCUCCGUCGCGUUUGGUGCAGACGAUAGGGGUCCGUCACGGGUGGAGGCUGUUUCAGCAUUCAUAUGGUGGCGUUUGAUGACGAUAGCUCGGUCGAAACCAGGAGGCAAAGCAAAGCAAUAUGCAGUACGUCACGCCGUGAACUUGCGCCAAAGGAUGGUUCCACGACUUUCGGAGCACUCCUUUGGGAAUGUUUGGAAUCUUGCGAUCACAGCAGUACCGCCGACGGAUGUUGAGAAAGAUUAUCCUUCUUUGACGAGACAGAUCAGGAAUUCUUUCAGCCAAGUCAGUGAGGAAUACGUGAAGCAUCUACAAGACGCAGAUGCAUUCUUGGAGACCACGAAAAUGGAAUUCAUGGAGAUGUUGAAGUUUGAGACAGAAUUCUGCAACUUCACCAGUUGGUGCAGCUUUCCGGUCUACGAUAUAGAUUUUGGGUGGGGGAAGCCGACUUGGGUGGCUUGUCCGACAAGGCCCUAUAAGAAUGUGAUUCUGAUUAUGAGAAGCAGAGAUGGUGAAGGAAUUGAAACGUGGGUAAACCUUGAGGAGGAAGACAUGGCCAUGUUUGAACGUGACCCGAAGUUGCUCCAAUUUAUUGUGUCAUCAGGAGCUAGAGAUCAACGUCGAACUAUCUUCUCUUGUCUGAAAAGCUAUAUUUGUAACUCGGCGUGGAAGAAUUUUAUUUAUGUCUCAAGAUGUUGA